CCAUUCGUCACACUCAACUGAUUGGGCUUCACACGCUGCUGUAUUUUUCUCUUGCAGAAUCUCUUUGGCAUACACCCGUGGUUUGCGUCCAAGGGCCACCACGUGCUCAGUCCAAGAUGGAUCCCAAGGAGCGAUUCUUCAGAUAUUUCCAACGGGAAGUCACUGCUCUCCAAGACCAGAUGACCCGCAUACCCACUACAUCCCCCUCAGGCGGCGAGCUCACCGAUGCAAUUGACCACUGCCUUGCCGGCAUCGAUCGUCUGUCUCAUGAAGUCAAAGACGCUUCUUCCUAUAUUCCCGCGUAUGAUCAGCGCACAUACGCCGAAGCCAUCAAAGCUCUAUCCGAGAAACUGCAAGGUGUGCGUGCGUCCUGCGGUGGGAAGAAGAAAUUCAGUUUCAAGACGGCCAAGAAAAACGCAAGCGCCAUCAGUUUGUCAGAUGCGGCUGCAUUGGCCCAGAAGGGAAUGCUGGGCACUUCGGAGAGGACCAAGGCAGGCGUGGACUCUGGAGUAAGUUCUAUGGGGGGGAGUAGCUUUGUCACAACGCCACUAGACAAGCUGAGUCCCAGCGAGGAAAAGAUGGAGUUGGAAUUUCUCAAGCGCAAAGACCUCCAAUCCGAUACUACCACUUCCAGCCUUGCUGGCCCGCAGGUUUCGACAGCAACAGCGGAGAAUGCUACGGGUGUGGCCAUUACGAACCAUGUAGGACAUCACAUUGUUCUCCCUUCUUCACCAACAGACGCCACACGAUCGGGGACAGUCACAAAUAUCCGGCACAGCGUCAUCGAUCUUUCACCACCCACGACGACUGGGGGUCAGCCAUUCGCAACUCUUAUCUUGAAGAACAUCAAGGACUCCCUGAUAGUGUGCGGACAGGUCACUGGACCCAUUCACAUAACCAAGGUCGAGAACUCUGUAUUGGUGACUUCGAGUCGCCAGUUUCGUAUGCACGGGAGUAGCAACGUCGAUGUGUAUCUGCACUGUUCGAGUCGACCCAUCAUCGAGGACUGCGAAAAUAUACGGUUUGCGCCGGUCUCAACUUCAUAUGCUCCGGCAGAUGUUUCCACAUCGGCGAAUCAAUGGGAUCAAAUUGAUGAUUUCAAAUGGCUGAAAGCCGAACCAAGUCCGCAUUUCAGCAUUAUGCCGGAGAGCGAGCGCGUCGAAGCAAAGGUGUGGGAGAAUGUGGUGCCAGGUGGCCACAGUAUCAGCUUGAAUGAUAUUUUGAGGGCUGUCGGUCGAGACACGACUGUGGGGUAGCAUGUGCGCCCGUAUCAGAGGGCCUGGCCGAUCGGAUGGGUUGACCAUCUUUGUAUCUUAUUCCUCAUCAUACUACAGUGAAGACAGUCACAUGUGGGAUCAAGGCGAGCAGUGACCGAAUUCAGAGACAGGUCGAAGAAAUGGCGGGCGGUUACCACCGAUUAUAAAGUUGGCUGGUUGCUAAUAGCCCUCGGUCGCGUGGGCAUGUACACCAUUAUAGCGACGGUUUAUCGUGUCUUGUUUCUCGAUGCAGUUUCUAAAAGUGUCAAACACAAUAAUAUCAUGGGCAAGUCCUGCGCAUGCAAUGUGGCAUUGUCUCGCGGUCACACAUUGUUGAGGUUGAGGGCAACAUGUGUCCCCGCG